AUGGGCUUUACGAACGCUAGAAUCGCCAUCAUUGGCGGCGGCCUGGGAGGCAUGGCAUUCGCCAAUGCUGCCGUCCAUGUAGGGCUUACCAAUAUCGAUGUCUACGAAUCCGCACCACAAUUCACAGAAGUCGGCGCUGGUGUUAAUAUCACCAGGAAUGCAAAUCGAAUACUGGACGCUUACGGGCUCAAGCAGGCGAUGCUGUGGAAAUCCUCCAGAGAUCCGCCAUGCUAUAUGGAGUAUCGGCACCAGAAGACCGGCGAGGUUAUGGGGCAGAUAGACGAAUUCGGGCAACCAUCGUCAAGACAGAUUCAUCGCGCCCAUCUACUUGAUGUCCUCAAAGAACGUCUUCCCUCUUCAAUCCUACACACGGGAAAGCGUUUGCGCUCGAUAGAGUACACAGGCUCUGAGUAUAUAUUGAGCUUCGAAGAUGGCUCCGUCAGCACAGCAACGAUCAUCAUUGGCUGUGAUGGCAUCAAGUCGGUGGUCAGGCAGCACCUAGGCAUAGGAGACUCCCCAAAUUACUCGGGACAGGUGGUCUACAGAGGCUACGUGCGCUACGAGGACCUCUCACCGGAGGUUGCAGCUGUGUACCGGAAGACAGUGAUCUUCCGUGGCCACCGGAAGCAUAUCUUGACGCUGCCAAUAGGCAACGAUGAGUCUCGUACUUCCAGAAUCGGCGUUAUUGGCUUCGCGAGCGAGCCUCUCAGCGAAUGGAAGUCCGAAAGCUGGAUGGCUACCGCUCCUAUAGACAGUCUACACGAGCACGUCAGAGACUGGGCUUCACCAAUUCAGGAGCUCAUACAGGGAUUGCGGAAGAAUCACACGGAUGGCAGAAUGUUGAAGCAGGCGUUGUACGUCCGCGAUCCAGUCGACAAGUGGUUCCACGUCGAAGAGUCGAAUCCGGCGCAUGGCAUUGUCCUCGUGGGCGACAGCGUUCACUCAACUCUGCCACAUCAAGGCCAAGGGACUUGUAUGGCUAUCGAGUCUGGCAUCGCUUUGGCUACCAUUCUUCGUAACUGGGGCUCGGAUGACCUUGCCUCGAGCUUCCAACUCUACAAGGACAUUCGCAAACCACGCACCGAUAAGGUCACCCAGACGAGUUACGAAGCAGGACUGUUGGCAUCUGCAGACCUGCCUGAGUCUUUUACUGAGACAUUCCGACCAGAGUUGUUGAAAGAGCGAAUGAGAUGGAUCAUGGAAGGCGACGUUCUAGCCGAGGUUUAUCGGAGAGGUGCGCCUUUCUUUGCUAAGCAGCAGGCUGCACCUGCCGUGGGUGAGGCGAAGGUGCAGGUGCAAGCUAGUUUGUGA